AUGACUGACAAUCGGGAACCUGAAACGGAACCUAGAGAAGAUAUCAAAGCAGAUUUGCAGUCGGAAAAGAAUGUAGUUCUUGAAAAACUGAAAACAGUGGCUGCUGAAACUGAAGAAAUCAAAAAUUCGCAAAAACAAAAGUUUGAUGAAUUUGCGGAAAAACUUCAAUCAAUCGAAGAUGCGGUUUCGAAAAUGUCUAUUUUGUCGAAUAAUCCUUGCAACACCGCACAAGAAUCCGUGAAGAAAUUUAUAUUAAAGCAUGAGUUCAAAAAUCUGAAUAAAUUGAAAGAAAUGGAAGAUCCUUCCAGCGAACUUUUUGAGUACUUCAAUGCAGACUGGUGUUUAAGAGCAAGUUGCACUGGCGGUAGUGUCUACAUUACUAUUUGGGGCGAUACAAAACAAAGCGAUAUGUCGAUUGAAACUGAAUUGAAGUUCAGACUGAUAGGCUUCAAUAAUUUCACCAAAAUUAUGAAACACUGCUUUCGGAAACCAGAGGGAGAGAACGAUUAUCUUGAUUUGGAAGAGAUAGAAAAAUGGCGAAUUCCCAAGAAUGUGACAGUUGAAGUAGAAACGCAAUGUCUCGCGAAAAUCAAUACACUCGACAAUGUUCGAGAACUUCUUCCUGGCGACUUGAGCGAUUUGGACCCAUUGGUUGCACUCACAAUUCUUCAAAAAUGUGUUGAUUCCAAAUGA